AUGUUUGAUCAACAAUAUACUCCGGAACUCCCCUACUACUCCAAGGUGGACUCUGUUGCCGAUACCACCAUCACGUAUCGCAUGCUCUACCUCGAGCCUAAUGUCCAGCCAGAAUCGGAAAAGUGGCAGUCCCGCAUUUAUCGAUGUUGUAUUCCUCUUUUGAUACUUAUUUUGAUAGACAUGGCUGUCUAUAUUGAGGCCCCCCACGCCUCAAACGCCGUCGGUGGUACAGCCUAG